GCAGACACAAACAGAAACAAAGUGUAAGAGAGAAACUGAAACAACAAAUAUGGAUGUGUUUGAUGGACUUCCAGAUGCGAUCAUCGUCGAUAUCUUGAACAAAGUUGGUGACGUCAGAACGUUACUCCGUUGUAGUUCCCUCUCAAAACGGUUCAACUCACUCGUCCCUCAGUCCGAGUCACUCAGCCUCCGUCUCGACCAGUUCGUCACCACCGAGUCACAACCCGGUUCUCCCGUCAGCAACAGUUUCCAAUCAUCAUUAUACAAGUCAUUUCAGGGUUGUAUCUCUCGAUUCUCUAAACCGGCUAAACCGAUCACAAUCAAGAAUCUUUCUCCCGAUAUCCCUUCCAAGAUUCUCUCCAAGUUUGCCCGGGUCAAGAAGCUUGAAGUCGUGCUUCCCGGCGGCGACGCAAGCCUCGAGAAAGCCGCCGCCGUCAAGUGGAAAGCAGGAUAUGGUAAAACUCUCGAAACAUGCACCGUGUUGGCAUUUCGUUCCGCCUCCACCGUGUGUUCUCCUUCCCCUGCUUAUUCCGAGAAUGAGUCCGACGCCGAGUUCGUGAAUGGGCUGAAAACGCGCGUGGAGUGGACGAUAAGCGCGUUGAUAGCUGCCUCGACACGUCAUUUCUUGAUGAGCCAAGUCGUGAAGGAGCACGAAGAGAUGGAGAGUUUGGUGAUACAUGACAAAGAAGGAGAAGGGACGGUGGUUAUGGGAACAGAGGGGCUGAGAGAGUUUCGAAAGAGUGAGGCGGCGCGUGAGGGAGUCGAUGAGCGCGUGGAGAAGAACCGGAGUGUGGUCCCGAGCGUGAGGAUGAGCAUGAGGCAUGCGCCAUCGUUGAAGCUUAAGAGUGGUAUAUGUUUAGAGUCUGCGACGCUUGUGAUUGUUAGGCCGAGUGAGGGAUACUCUGACAUCGGAGAUGAUGAGCUGGCGACGGAGGCAUUCGCCGGAAAUUGUAUGUACGGUGAAGCGGUCGUGGCGCUGUUAAAGUGUAAGAAGAAUGCUUUAGAAAUGAAUUCUUUUUGAGCUUUUGUUGGGCCUUUAAUGGGUCUUGUGGGGGCUUUCUGCAUUUUUCAUUGAGAGAAUUAGGCAAAUGCCCAAAAUUGAAGCCUAUAUUAGGCAAUUACCCAUGAUGGGACAUAAAAGUAAAGUUUUAUACAAUUUAGGCUUGUUCAGACGAUUUUGCCCUUCUCCCCUUCUCUUUCCCAUGUGAAAAAUCUGACAUCUCUCAUUCUCCAACGAUUCUUCAUCUCUUUCUUACAUUCAUUUUAUUUAAACCACACAUAUUUUUCACAUAACUCUUUUUCACAUUCAUUUCUUUUUUUUUUCUUGAUUUUUGUUUCUCAUCUACAAUUUUAUUUGUAAAUGAUUUUAAAUUUACUCAUUUUGAUAGAGAAAUGAAACUUCAACAAUAUUUAUUUGUU